UCAAAAUGGCAGUGUUGCCAAGAGUGUGUUUAGUGAUCUUGAGUUAUCUGCUGCUGAGAGCCGUACCUGCAUACGGCACCAAUUCUGAUUUCUCCAGCCAAAGGACUUGCGAACCGAUACGAAUUGAGCUAUGCCGAGGCAUUGGCUACAAUGAAACGUCCCUCCCGAACAUUGUCGGUCAUGAGCUACAAUCAGAUGCCAACUUUACGCUCCAGACCUUCUUUCCACUGAUCCAGUUCGGUUGCAGCAAGCAGCUAAAGUUCUUUCUAUGUGCCACCUAUGUGCCGAUGUGUACGCCCAAGGUAUCGAUGCCGAUUGGGCCGUGCCGAAGCCUUUGCAAUACGGUGAAGAAUCGAUGUCACCCAAUCCUGCAGGGGUUUGGAUUUCCGUGGCCCUCGGCACUGGACUGCAAUCGGUUCCCGGAGGAGAACAACCACGAGCACAUGUGCAUGCAGGGGCCGGGUGAACCGGCCGAGGGCGAAGUGCUCGUAUCGGACCGUCCAUCUUGUCAGGGGUUGCAGCGAUCGAACCUGUACGUGCAGCUGAACCGUUCCGGCCGGUGUGCGCCACUGUGCGAGGCGGACAUUAUGUUCGAGCAGAACGAGAAACACUUUGCCGAGGUGUGGCUAACGUCGUGGAGUGUGGCCGCACUGGGCACGGCAAUCGUGGCUACGCUGUGCCUGAUCCUGUCUACCAAACGGUGGGACAAGAGCCUGAUGCCGCUAGUGAUUAGCCACUGUUUGGUGACGGUCGGAUGGGCGGUACGGUGGUUAGCCGGGCGCAAUGCUACGGCCUGCGGGUACGAUCCGCAACUGCCGGGCGUUGCCCUGCUGCUCACGGACGGCCUGUCGACGGCACCGUGUGCGGCCACGUUCCUGCUCCGGUACUACUUCAGCCUGUCGGCAGCUGUUUGGUGGGCGAUCCUGUGUUUGCGUUGGAGUAAAUCCGUCCGCCGACUGUUGGGUACCGAACUUGGGUCACCCGCCGACAUACACGCGGAGAAACCCAACUCAUCCCACGACACGCUGUUCCAGCUGGCGGCCUGGGGCAUACCGGCGAUCCUCACCGUGAUCGUGCUGGUGGCACGGCUAGUCGAUGCAGAUGAACUUUUCGGAUCCUGUUUCAUCGGAAACCAAUCCGACAAAGCGCUGCUAACGUUCGUGAUUGUGCCACUACUGUCGAGCUGGGUGAUCGGUUCCGGCUACCUGUUUACCGCCUACCUUCGGAAGCGUUCGGCCGCCCCACCCCUCGUCCACAACCUUCCCGUUCACAUACACGGUAUGGGCAAGUUCCUGUUUAUCUACACCGUCCCGAGUGCCGCACUGCUGAUGCUGAUGUUCUACGAGUACGCUUGCCGGGAGAACUGGCUACAUCUGCCCCAUCCUUCGCAGGAAUCCGUACUACCUACGCGGGCCCCUCUUUGGCCCUUCCUGCUGCGUGCGUUUAUCGAGCUGUUGGUGGGUGUGCUCGCGUCAGCCUGGGCUGUUGGGCCACGGAUCGUAGGCCUCUGCCGUGGUGGUGAUGGCAGUGGCAGUGGAGAUGUCGGCGGUGGUGUUGGUGGACGGGGUGGGGCGGGUAAACUUUCCGCCGGUUCCGUCUACAAGCAACAGGUCGGACCAAAGCUGGGCGGAUUUGCGGGAGCAUCCUCGACCUACUCGACCGUUUCGUAUCAAACCGUUUGUCCACAGAAUCCGCUCGUAUCGGUAUCGAUUGGCAAGUUGCCAUCGGUACGGCACGCACGAAAGUAUCCUUCCCAUUCGCACAUCAACCGGAAACCUCGUAGUUACAAGAUGUCGACGCAAACGAUCAGUUUAACAGGAAACGAGACGGUGCUGUGA